AUGGGCCCUAUUGCCUACUUUCUCGUCGUUUACGCUCUCGGCGGACUGACUUUCUUACCCCUACUCCUUGCAGCUCUUUUUUUGCAUGCAUAUCUUACAUUUCCGAUACCUCAGCCGACAAAGGAUCAAGAAGACUCUUUGGCGCUUCCCAAUGAUGAUCCAGACGUCUUGACGUCUUCUACGCCCAACCUUGCAGACGAGUUCAAAGCAAGCCGUCAUGAACCUGAUGUCGCAGCUGGAUAUUUUGCCGUCUGCAGAGAAUAUGUUCCCGGAGGAGUCAAUGGAAAGCCUCCUGAGCGCACAACGCCGGCUGGAGAAACGGUCGUGGCCGAGAGUCCCAGUGUAUAUCAGAGCAUGUACCGCAGCAUCUUCGAUCGGAGCAAGACGCCAUCCCUAGACGCAGGAAAAGGAGCCGGAAAUGCUUCCAAAAAGGCUAGGAAUGUGUUUUUUGUGGUGUUGAGGCUAGGCCAUUUGAUGCUUUAUGACGAUGCCGAACAACUCGAGGUCCGCCACGUUAUUUCACUAGCGCAUCAUGAUGUUAGCAUUUAUGCUGGUGGCAACAAGAUACCCGAUGGAGAGCUUUGGAUUAAACGGAACGCUAUAUGUCUCACUCGGAAACAAAAUGUUGUUGACAUGACCUCCCAGUCAAAACCCUUCUUCUUAUUUUCUGAAAACACUUCGGAGAAGGAAGACUUUUACUUUGCACUCCUUCAAAAUCAAGAGCGAAGACCUCAGGCGCAGGACAAUGCUCCCGCCCCACAAAAGUUUGAGGUCAAGCAUAUCGUGAAGCUAGUCCAGCUGUUGCAUUCCUCGGAAGAGCAUUUACAAAUCAGUUGGUUCAACGCUUUGAUCGGAAGACUCUUCUUGGCUCUCUAUAAGACCGCCGAAGUUGAGGACUUUGUCAGAAUGAAAAUUACCAAGAAAAUUGCUCGGGUGAAGAAGCCUACAUUUCUUACUGAUAUCGUCAUUCGCAAAAUUGAAAUGGGGGAGGCCGCGCCAUCCAUCACCAAUCCACGGCUGAAGGAGCUCACGGUGGACGGAGAUUGCUGUAUAGGAGCUGAUCUCGAUUACUCCGGAAAUUUCAGACUCGAAAUUGAGACAACCGCCCGGAUCGAUUUGGGUUCGCGCAUCAAGCCGAGAGAGGUAAAGUUGGUGCUGGCAUUGGUUUUGAAAAAGCUACAGGGCCAUGUCCUCAUUCGCUUCAAGCCUCCGCCGAGUAAUCGUCUCUGGUUCUCUUUCGAAAGCAUGCCCAAAAUGGAGAUGUCUAUCGCUCCGGUGGUGAGUUCGCGACAGAUCACAUACGGAUUCAUUCUCCGGGCCAUUGAAAGCCGCAUCAGAGAAGUCUUUGCGGAGACACUUGUUUUUCCUCAUUGGGAUGACGCACCAUUUACCGAUACUUCAAGGCAAAAGUUCCGGGGUGGAAUUUGGGCCGACGAUCAAUCCGUGCAGGCGCCUGAGACGAAGGUGGACAAAGCCGCAGAAGAGGGCGAAGUGGAAAAGACGAUGAGCAUGCCAACUUUGUUCUCUAAUGACAGCCAGUCAUCCCUCAGUCAAGUUUCAUCUUCACGCAAAGCUAGAAACGACACAUCUUCACCGCUCCCAGAACCCAAAGACGUUGGGGUAAGCUCUGGAUCAGAGCCCAGGAGCCCGACACAAAAGCCAAGGGGGAUGAGAACACAUUCAUUCGCUUCUUCCGCUACGCCGGUUGUUGGAAUGGACACAACUACUGUUGACGCGGUCAAGAAUGAUACCUCAAAGUCCGAGAAGCCGGACGCAACAAGUGUAAUGAUAGCUAUCAGCAGCCGUUCGCAACCAGGAUCGCCAACCGCAACGCCUGUUGGCUCCCCACCAAAAUGCACACCUUUGUCGCAGGCCAAGGACAUCAGCAGGGCUCUGAACUUUUCCAACAUUGAUAACGCUGCAAACAAUCUUCCCUCCACCGAAAGUACCCAAACAGACUGGGAUUCUGGAUCCCAUCCGCCCAGCCCGCCCAGCUUUGCCACCACCAGAUCCACAAGCAUCGCGAGCGAAAGCUCUUUGAAGGAACCCAGUCGCACUCCGUCCAUGCGCUCAAACCCUACGACGGAGAAACGACAAGCUCUAGCAUCAAUCGGCUCAGCUACUGCUGCCGCUGCAAAAAAGUGGGGUUGGGGCGUACUUGGCCGCAGCAAUGAAAGAAAACCCAGUUUCGACGGAGUCGAUGAGGGGGAGAAAUUGGGCACUCCUGCACACCCGAUCGGCCGUGGUCGUCCGCUUCCACCGCCAGGUACACCACUGCCUCCACCGGACAGAAGAUCUUCUACCAAUCCUCUUCCCAUUCCAAAGCGCAAACCACUUCCGCCGCCUGCACUUCCUCAGCGAAACCAAUCCAAAUCGAGCGAUCGGCCUGUUCCACCACCUCCGCUCCCGGCUCGUCAGCUCAAGGGGGAUGGGCCUAAAGACACGGGAAAUGAAGGGGAGCUUCUUGUGGUAGCUGCUCCACUGGACUCCGAGCCGUCUAGCCCUCUGCUUGAAGACCAGGAUGAGACCCCGGAUACUUUCAAGUUGGAUGAGGACCUUGCAGAUGGUCAAUCGACUAAUCUACGAGAUGCUGAUUCAACGCGGAGAUCAUCUGUCGCCACUUCAAACUCAUUGGAACGGAAGACGUCAUCUAAUUCCGAUGACACAAAGCUGCAGAAAGAAGGUGGGUCGACGGACGAUGCCCGAACGGAGACAGGCGAGCAUACAUGA